AUGACAAAAUCAAUAGCAACAGGGCCUUUCCAAAAUCUAAAAUUUGUCAUAAUACUCAAUAAAUUACUGGGUUUACUUUCGUGCAAAUUAGUGAACGGACGAUUUAAAGAAAACAGUGUUUGGCAUCGCGGUUACUGUGCACUUUGGUUAUUAUUUCAUUGCCUGUAUUCAGUCUAUUUCUAUCUCACGAUGUACACGGCAAAAGCUGAAGAGCUCUUCAUACUCGCUAUCGUGCGGUAUAGUGCGUAUAUCUUCUCGUUACUUCCUUACAAUUACUUAGGAGCCUUUCGGAGUCAAGAUUUUAUCACGUUUUCCGAAAAACUUGAGGCUUAUGAUGAUAAGGCAACAACAUUAGGGCAUCAAAGGAAAGAUAAACACAUUUUCACGUGGCUGUAUUUUGCGUACACACUUAGCACAUUAUUUUCGAAGACGUAUAUCAUAAUGAAUAACAGUAUACCUCAAGGAACGGUGAUAAUACUUAGGCAGAUGUUCAGAAUCAUUUCUACUAUCAGUGGCACCUACUGCAUUUUCAUAAGCGCGAUAUUUCUGGAUUUGAUUCGCCAACGUUUCCGUCAUCUGAACGAGGUGAUAGUUCCUCACGUUUCGGAGUUACCAGUAACCGGAUCGAAGGACGAAAUCACUGUUUACGAUGUGCGCUAUCUGCACGGUGUGCUCAUCGACAGCGCAGAGUUGAUAAAUAGGAUGUACGGGAUAGGCACCUUACUCACCUUCGGAUCCUUAUUGCUGGAUUUCAUUUCUCUUAUAUAUAUAUUCGUAACAAAUGACCGGGUCGAUGUUACAAUAACAAUGCUAGACUUACUCUUUCAAACUAUUUACCUAUUUGCGAUGUAUCAUUUUGCAGCUUACGAGGCGAAUCGCGUUGAAAGGCUUGUGCUGAAAUAUGGAUUAUCCUUCAAAAAUUCCAAAUGUCGUAUGGAUAAAAUUGAGAUGAUGUUGUAUUUUUAUCAUAAGAGAUUUACUUUCACGGCAGCAGAAUUUUUCGUAUUAGAUUUAACGAUACUUCUUCCGAUUGCUUCCACGGUAUCAACAUAUAUAACUUUAAUAUUGUAUUAACUUAAAUCCUGUAAUAAGCCAAAAAUUUUAUCGAAAAAUAUCGCAAAAACAGAAUGUCGUAUAAAGACAACAUAACAAAUAAUGUGUGAUAUAAAAAACAAGAUAUUAAUUUAAUGAGGGCAGCAAGGAUUCCAUUUAUUUUAUAAUAAUUCAAAUAUAAAAUCCAAUAUAUCAGUAACGUAUUAGACACUACUCCACAGAAAAUAGGGAAUAUUUUUUAGACACUCGCGCAAUUUUUAAAUCACUGAAACUGGGCGACAAAUUAUUGCAGAUAAAAAAUUAAAAAAGCUUGAAGUUUUAAAGUUUGAAAUUGAAGUUUUAAAGCUUAAAACGCUUUUCUAAUCUUUUGUUUGCAAUAAUUUUUUGUCGAGUUUUAAUGGUUUAAAAAUUGCUUGAACGUCUGAAAAAUGUUCCCUAUUUUUUGUAAAGUAGUGUACAUUUACAACAAUUCACACGCGUAAUUAUAACUUUCUCGUACGAAUAUAUGAGAAAUAGAAAUAUAUAUAUAAAAGAUAAUCAGUACAAAUAAUAUAGAAAUAAUAAAAAAUAA